AUGAGUAAAGAUAUGGCAGUAUUUAAAAAUUUUUUAAAUGGUUUAAUCACAAUUAUUUUCUGGUUGUUAAUUUUUUUAACUCUUCCUAAUUUUUGUAAAAGCGCCGAUAAUCAACACCAUCAUCAUCAUCAUCAUCAUCAUCAUCCUCAUCACCAUCAUGAUUCGGAUGAAAAUCCUUCAUUUAAAUACUCAAAAGAAGCCAAUUUGCCAUAUUCUGCUACACAUUCUAAUUCUGAGUCUUUGAAAAGUAACGAUUCAUGGUUACUGUGGACUGAAGCUCUCGGAUCAACAUUUUUUAUAAGUGCAGCACCUUUUUUAGUACUAUUUUUUGUACCUUUAGAUAAAAGUAAAGAAAAAGAACCGCUUUUAAAAAUAUUACUUAGCUUCGCAUCGGGAGGAUUAUUGGGUGAUGCGUUCCUUCAUUUAAUUCCUCAUGCUUUAGUUCCAACGCUAAAGCAUGAUUCGGCUUCAGAAGAUUCCGAUCAUGAAGCUCAUGGACAUGAUAUGAGUGUUGGAUUGGCUGUCUUACUGGGCAUAGUUACAUUUCUAUUAGUUGAAAAAAGUGUAAGAUGGGUUAAAGGGGGACACGGCCAUAGUCACGGGAGCAGUGAUAAUGUAAAUACGAAAAAAGAUAAAUCUAAACAAGAUAAACAUUCAGGAGACAAUGAAAAAAAUACAAAAAAAGGUUCAAAUGAAAAAGAUAAAAAAGGAAGCAAAAAAAAAAAGGAAGAUUCGCUUUUAGUGUCUGGUUAUUUAAAUUUAGCAGCUGAUUUUACUCAUAAUUUCACAGAUGGGUUAGCCAUUGGAGCAUCUUAUUUAGUUGGUAAAAAUAUAGGAAUCAUCACAACUGUAACAAUUUUAUUACAUGAAGUACCACAUGAAAUUGGAGAUUUUGCUAUUUUAAUUCAAAGUGGUUGCUCAAAAAAAAAAGCUAUGUGCCUUCAAUUAGUAACUGCUGUUGGAGCAGUUAUGGGAACUUUGACAUCAUUAAUGGCUGAAGGAGCUGGUGAUGUAGCCACAUCUUGGAUUUUACCUUUUACUGCUGGGGGUUUUAUUUACAUUUCCACAGUGUCAAUUAUUCCUGAACUAUUGAGAGACACAAAUUUUUUGCAAUCUCUCAAAGAAAUAUUUGCCAUGAUUGUAGGUGUUUUGUUAAUGGUUUUAAUAGCCGAUUUCGAAUGA